CAGCGCGGCUCCUGCGAGCGGAGGCAGCUUCUCCUCCUAUCAGCGCCAUUGUGUGUCAGAGUCUCCGGGAGCGAGGACGACCCGUGUUUCUGCCAGGACUGUUUAAAUACCCCCCUCCAUGUUUCUCGGUAGAACCCCGGCGGACCUGGAUGUGAUAUAUGUUCGGUAAAGGUGCGAAGCGGAAGCUGGACGAGGAUGAAGAGGGGCUGGAAGGCAAAACGCUGGAGGCGUCGGUGGCGGGAGGGGGGCUAGGCGCGGUCCCGGAGGGGCUCUCCAAGGUGUCGUACACGCUGCAGCGGCAGACCAUCUUCAACAUCUCGCUGAUGAAGCUGUACAGCCAGCGGCCGCUGGGCGAGCCCAGCCUGGAGCGCCGGGUCCUCAUCAACAACAUGCUGCGGCGCAUCCAGGACGAGCUGAAGCAGGAGGGCUCGCUGCGCCCGCUGCUGCUGCCGCCCUCGCCGCCGCCCGACGACCCCAUGGACGAGGGCUUCCGCGAGGCGCCGCCGUCCUUCGGCGUCCUGGCGGCGGGCGCGCAGGCGUCCCCGCCCUCGGCGCUGCUGAUGCCGGCCGCGGCGCCGCCGCCCUCGCCCCACCCCAUGGUGCCUGCGGCGCCGCCGGCCUUCCCGGGCCGCGUGGAGGCCUGCCUCACGCCGGCCUCGCUGCUGGAGGAGGACGGCGGCGGCGAGUCGGCCUUCGGCGCUCCGUCCCCGCCCACUCCGCCGCUGUCGCCGCCGCCCGCCCCGCCCCCGCCUGCAGCACUUCUGAGCCAUGCGCCCGCCGGCGUCGCCGCGCCUCUCGCCCCCAGUGACGCUUUCCCCCUGGAGUCGGGUCCUCCCACAGCCAUAACCAGGACCGCAGCAGCUAAUACUACGACCAUGACUACCUCCCCAGCUCUCACGCCAACCGCCCCCCCGCCCUACCUGCCCCCGCCCCCCUCGGCCCCGCCCAGAGACUGCAGGACCAGCUGGGCCAAGACGGACACAGCGGGCGUCUUCCUGGUGGAAGGUCGCUGCUCCGAGCUCCGGCCGCCGGAGCCUCUUCCCGCGGCGGCGGCGGCGCCCCCCGCCGCCCUGGCGGACGUGUCGCCCUCGCCCUCCUCCCCCCCCUCCUCCGCCUCGCCCUCGGGGUUCCUCUCAGACUUGGCGCUGGACGACGUCCUGUUCGCCGACAUCGACACGUCCAUGUAUGACUUUGACCCCUGCACGACGGCGGGGGCCGUGGGCGCGGCGGCGGCGGCGGCGGGCGGCGGCCUCGCCAAGCUCUCGCCGGUGGUGACGGCGGACGACCUCCUCAAGUCGCUGGCGUCGCCGUACAGCGGCCCCGCCCCCCAGGUCUCAGCCAAUCAGCCUUUUAAAAUCGAUCUCACAGAACUGGACCACAUCAUGGAGGUGCUGGUGGGGUCGUGACUCCAGGACACCUCGGAGGGAGACACGGUUUGACUCCCACUUCAGACUGGAAUGAAAAAUCCGGGAUGUUGUUUUUACUAUUUUUGUUUGUUUGUUUGUUUGUUCGUUUGUUUUUAAACUCUCUUCAAAGGUCGGUAAUUGUAAACAUCGAUGGUGAUGUCAGUUAGUACUACUAUGACAACUACUACUACUUCUACACAACACUGUGCAUGCACUGUGCUCGCCUUUCCAAGUAUGGAAAUGAAGUUACCGGGAAACACACACACACACACACACACACACACACACACACACACACACACACACACACACACACACUCACACACAUCUGUGUUUCCAUGCCUGCGAGGAUGUCCGUCAACGUCCUCCCUCAAACCGAACCUUGGUUUUAAGCCUUAACCCUGGAAGAGCAAGUGUAAAUAGAAGAAGUGAAACUCUCCUGUCCGGACGGUUCGUGCAAUCACUCUGUCCUUAUGGGGACUCCUCACAGGUACAGGAACACACACACACACACACACACACACACACACACACACUCACACACACACUGUAAUUAUGGCUUUUAGCAGACGAGUGCCUUUCAAAGUGACCACUUAUUCAAUUCCUGUUUUUACAGUAUUUUUUCUAGUUCUUUUCACUUUAACAGCCUAUAGAGGUCACUCCUCAAUGUUUUCUUUUUUUUUUCUUUUUUUUUAAUUUAUUGUAUUGUAUUAAAACUAUUGUUAAGGAAGGUAAUUUCUCAUGAUCAAAUAAUAAUUAUUUAAUCUUUAUCUUAUUACAGAUGCUAUGUUUUAUUUGUAAAGCGAGCAUAAAGAGGAAUACAUUGUUUUUACCAGUGUGCUAGAUUACAUAUUAGCUUGGCUAUAUAAUUGCGCUUCUUGGGAGUAGCUCUGAAAACUCAUCGCCUGGUUGUUUGUAAAACUCUUUUGGUAGAAGGAGACGUCUGUUCUUGUACCUAUGGAUUCAGUUCGGGGACACAUUCAUUCUUUCUUUUGUUUUUUUUUUUGUUUUUUAUUUUUAUCUUAUUACUGUCAGGCACAUAGUCGUGAACGAGUAAGUAAAAUCCCAUGAAGCACCAAAGUGCUGAUCCUCACUGAAACCGUGCUUAUCAACACAGGCGACCCUGCAAAUCAGAAGAGAUUCAUACACAUUUAGGAUUUAGGCCAAUUUAACUACAUCAGUUUUGAUCGCAUCUUCACUGCUGGAAUUUUUUAUUUAAUGUUUUGCAGGUUUAAUUGAUGCAGAAUCUUUACAGUUACAUGAACGUUGACCCUCUGAGAAACUCGAGAGCUUUCAAAAAUAUGACCCAAGCGAGGGGAAAAUAUUCCAUCUUCUCUGUGAAGCUAACUUUCACCCGACUCUCCUCUCAUGCAGGUCAAUCCAGUGCAGUGUCUUUCAUGCACUUUGAUGCCAACAGUUGUAAAAACUGCCUGUGAAUCUUGAAAUAUGUGUUAAAAUCUCCUAAAUGAGGAAAAAUCAGACUCCUCAGUGUGAGCGCUUGUACCUUUUGUGACUGUUGAAGCCAUUGGAAAGAGACUGCACCAGUUCCACCCGCACGGAGACAUUGUGGACAGCAAAAUUUGGGCAAUGUCUUUCUAAACACCAGCAGUUAUGAGAGCUAGUAUUCGCUCGAUCCAGCCGCCUGUGUUCAUGGCCACAGUUUCAGAGAGAGUCCAGUGUCUGCUGGUUCAUGUUUCUAAGCACCAAUCACGUUGUUGAGCUGUAUUCAGUUUGCACACGACUGUAGAGUAACUCUUUCACACGAUAGUGGUCGGUCACAGCAGACAUGAAAUGAGCGCGUUUACAACAGAAGGAGGGGCAAACCAACCAUGGCAGGUUGAAUAUUUUAAUGAAAAUACCCCUUUUUUUUUUUUUUGGUUAAAUUUUUUGGUUUAGCAACACAUGUGGCAGACGACCUGGAGCAGGGGCGUACAGUAUUACAUUUACAGUCCGGUGUGUUUACUUGUGUUUCGGAUACGAGCCCUCACGUUGCCAAAUCUCAGGGUUGCGCUCACGUCUGCUCGUUGUGCAAGUCUGGUUUUCGUGGCUCAACCGACAAACUCGUAUUGCGGUUCUGAAACAGGAGCGGGCUGGGCUGAGUCCGGAAGUAAUCCAGUGUUAAACCCGAUACUGUGACCACGAGUUAGACCAGAAAAAAAGGUAAUUCACAUGUUUUCCAGCUCCAGACAGAUUUUAUUUGGGGGGAAAAAUGCAAAACGCCUAUUUCGGUCAUAAAGGUUGCAGAUUCCUGAGUUUGAGUUUUUUUGCUUUCUUCUUUUCGGGCAACUGAGUUUAAAACAUACAAGAAGAUCAGCAAAUCAUGUCAUGGCUAUGUUAAAAAAAUACAUACAAAAAACUAAAUUUCUGGACAGAAGAAAGCAGCAAACUGAAGUCAGAAUGAACCUAAUGGAAGUAUGACGAGUUCGUCUGCGUUGUUUGAACGCACCAACCCUCCCCCUGAUAUUCAGCUGAUAAGAAGUUAUUAGAAACGCGUCAGUGCUGAGAUGUGCAGCGUUCAUCCUUUCAGUGAACCGGUCGGAUCGUGUUUUCUCACACAGUUCCACACCGGCUCCAGACCGAGCACGUAGCGGCAGCAGCAGCAGCAGCGAGUACAACUGUUUGCAGACGACUGUGUCUUCUUUCUCUCACUAUGUUUGAAUUUUUGGAGUGCUUGUUUUUUUUUUUGUUUUUUUUUUUUUUUUGUUUAUGAACUUAUUUAUUCAUCCUGUUUUCUCUUUUCUGUGUAAAUAUAUUUAUUUUUGAUGUGAAGUGAACAUUUGGAUUGUAAAUGUGUGUACAGAAUGUGUGGUAGGAAUGUACUUCAGGUAGGAAUGUAUCUGAGUGUGGAAUAAUGGGUGGAAGCCAUUCUUUUUUAUAUAUAUAUAUAUACACACAGGUUAGUUGUUUUAUCUUGUUUGUUUCUGUCGAUUUCUUUGUGGUGGCGGUGGUGGGAGGGGAUGGCGGCCGUGAUUCUUUUUUUUUUUUUUUAAUUUUGUACUCCUUUUCGUCCAUCACUUCACGCAGCAAUACUCCACCCCCGUCCACCCUCCUCCUCCUCGUCUCCAAGCUUCAGAUGUCAAAGACUCCAAAGCCUGUCACAGACGCUUCAAUGCCAAAAGUUAAUGUACAUAGUAUGAACAACAUUCGAGCUCCUGAGACUUCUUCUUCUUCUGUUUGUUUUUUUUUUUUUUUUGUUCCUUUUUCUUUUCGAUCAGUGUUUGUCACCGAAUCGGUCCGAGCCGCAGACAAAGACUGACUGCAACAUCCGAGGCUGAUUCCCUCUACGAAGGCUGUAUUUUACACAGACCUCAGAGCUGUGCCUUUUUCUAUGCAAUAGAACACAAACACAGAGAGAAACUAUCAGAUUUAUUGGGAUCCAAACAUGGACUGUGGAGAUAUAUAUAUAUAUAUAUAUAUAUAUAUAUAUAUAUAUAUAUAUAUAUAU